UUUGGGCAUGAAGCCUGGCAUUUCCUAACCAAAACCAAAUCUCUCACGGUAAGUAAUUAGAGUAACAAUCUGAUUAAGCAUCACGAUCGCAAGAAAGCUUCUCCCAAUCGAGCUUAUUUCUAGCUUUUCUGCAACAAACUUUCUCAAUCUCUGAGUCAUUCUAUUGCCAAAAUGGAGAAAGACGGUCCUUUUGCGCCAAACUGACAAUGACAUUGCCCCUUCGCUUUCACAGAGCGCAGAUGGACACGGAGGAAGAGGGCAUUGGCUGGGUCAGUGACCUUUUUUAAGUCACCAGCAGCAAAGCACUAAAGAUUAAAUUUUGAUUCCUUUGUUUGGCCUUUUGGUCUCUUUACUGCUGAUCAGUCAUGAAAACUUGGUGAGGGUUUUGGUUCUUAUGAAGGAGGUUGAAGACGGCUUGGCUGAGGAAGGGCUUCGGUUGAAGUAACUGCAUUUUCUUCUCAUUCCUUCUCAGCCAUGGUGCCACAAGAGUUACCAAAGGAACCGAUUGGUGUCUCAGAAAUGAAUAACCGACAAUCUCAUCCUGGAGGAAUUUGUUAUUGCUCUCACUGGAAUAGUGUAGAUCGUGGGUUGGUUCGGCCUCAUAGCUUACCAUCCAGCUUUCAGCCUCAUGACACACAGAUCCGUAGAUCUGUUGAGCCUUUUUCAGUGAGAUGUAAAGAGGAUGAUUUCUCAAGCUUUGACCAUAUACAGGGCCAUGGCUUGUCACUAAGCCUUGGACCUGAGCUGGAGCUGGAGCCUAACAAUGUUAGGCCAUACGAUUAUAAUCAAGCACAGAUGGUAGAAAAUGUUAUGAGAAACAAAUCUUUGAUUGAACUUAUGUGUGAGCCCUCUUGUUCUUGCGCCGAACGUUUAAGUGAUGACGGCAUUAUAUGUGAUCAAGAUGUGGAUGGUAGUAUCUAUAAUUCAAGAUGCUCAAAUACGAAGUUCGAUAACAUGGCGCCAGUCAUGAGUGUUCUUCAGAAGUCUCCAUAUCUUAAAGCAGCUCAGCAGUUACUUGAUGAAGCUGUUUGUGUGUGUAACUUUGUUCCCGAGCCAUCUUCAGAAAAGGAUGCGCACAGGAAGAAUCAGAUUAAAGAGAACGCACACACUGUGCACUUGUCAAGGGAAGAACAAGAGGUCAAUAGAAUGAAUAAACUUUUUACUCUGCAGGAAGAGCUUGAGAAGCGACAGAAGAUAUAUUUCCAUCGAAUGGAUGAACUAGUAACAUCCUUUGAAGCUGUAGGUGGUCCUGGGUCUGCUGCUGCAUACACAGCUCUUACCUCACGAGCAAUGUCUAAACAUUUUGCUAACCUUAGGGAAUCCAUUAUCAAUCAUAUAGAGUCUUCAAGAGAGGCUUUUUCCAAAGAUAUGCCAAAAAACCUUAAACCAAAGAGGGAAUCACUGCAACACCUGGGCUUGAUCCAUGUUGGACAAAUCUGGAGGCCACUCAGAGGACUACCGGAAGACUCAGUUAUGGUGCUUCGAGCUUGGCUUUUCGAGCAUUUUCUUCACCCUUACCCAAGUGACAAUGAAAAGCUUUUCUUGGCUUCGCAAACAGGCUUGACAAGAAACCAAAUUUCGAAUUGGUUCAUAAAUGCUCGUGUUCGGUUAUGGAAACCCAUGAUAGAAGAGAUGUACAGAGAAGAGUUUGCAGAGGACCAAGGAGACUCCAAUAGUUCUCCUUAAUAGUUGACAUGGCAAUGCUAUCAGUAGCAAGUAGUGGCACAAACUAAAUGUUCACAAAAUUGGGUAGCUGAGAGGUUUGGGGAUGUGCUGAAUGUAGUUUUUGUGGAAAUUGAACUUUUUGCCAUGCUGAGAGAUCAUAUCUAAAUAGGUAAAAGAGGCUGAUUCAGUUCAAGUGUUCCUGAAAAUCUUCAACUAAAUGAAUAUAAGAGAAUUUGUUCCAUGACUUGAGGCCUAAACAGUUCGAUGUUUUUGGAAAUUACUUGCACUGGAGAGUUCACCACCGUUUAAGCUGCUAUUUUCAUGUAACAAAGGUUUAAUGUAAGUAACAGAGUUCUGCAUUGGGUACCCAUAACCACACCCAAUCAAAUACUCACCAAUACUCAAUGUGUAUGGGUGGGUAUGGGUAUGCUCAUGACCUCAUGGGUGGGUACUCAAGAUCGGGGAAUAAACCGAUUUACAUUGCUAAUUACUGUAUGCCGUAUAUUACACGCAAUCCUCACUAUGCAAUGCACAACACUGAACUGCGCUACAA